GUACUAAAACAGAACAGAACAGGGUACUAAAAAAUUCUACUAUACAACUUUAAGUAUUUUCUGACAGUUAAAACUCGUUUUAUCGUUAAAGCUGUAUAAAGGCUGUAUUUUGCAUGUGGUCACUAACUUACUACAACCCUAAGUGUUAUUAUGGUAUCACUCAAUCAUUGUUUCUGUAUAAUGGUAUAUGCAAACUUCAUUAUAACACUUGUUCUUAUAGAGUAGUUAGACACUCUUAUAAAUACAGUGGUUUUAGUACUUCUGUCUAAAAUAAUGCUUUAAAACUAAAAAAAUAAAUUACAUCAAUAGUACAGCUUUAGCCUGUCUAACAGCUGCCAGCCAUAUAUUAUUUUCACAUGAUCCUAUACUUUGUGUGCGCGUCGAUCAUAAUUUAUAAUGUGGAAAAAAAGGAAAAGAUCUGGUGCAGUCAAGAGGAGAAUUAUAAGGAAAUAUUUAAAUAUAACAAAUUAUAAACCAGAGGACAGUAUCAAUAGUGAACCAUCAUUUAUUGGGCAAGAAAUAAAUACAUUAAAUUGGACAACCCACAGUCAAGCGCAUCCAUCGACGUCUAACGAAGGUUCCGUAGGAAAAACAUUAAACGGUGUCGACGGUGAGGAUUUAGUUAAACCUUUGGAACCUGAUGAUAACUUUUCUUUAUGCAGCAGCACAAGUACUUCAAUUGAUGAUGAUAACGAGUAUUCAAAAAAUAUGUUGUUUCGUCAGCGAAUAAAGGAAUGGGCUACAGAAAGAAAUAUAUCUCAAAUAGCUCUAAACGAUUUAGCCGCUAUUGUUAAUGACAGAUUUCCCGGAAUAUUACCGCGUGACGCUAGAACAAUUUUAGGUACUAUCCAACAAAUACGUAUCAAAACGAUUAAAGGAGGUGAAUACUGGCAUAAUGGCCUCACAAAAUGUUUAAAGAAAUCAUUAGAGAAAUGGAUUGAUGUCCCUGCUAAAAUUGCUUUAAAUUUCAAUUUCGACGGUCUCCCAAUAUUUAAAAGUUCAAAUAAAGAGUUUUGGCCAAUUUUGUGCACUAUAUUUGAAAGACCUGAUAUUGAGCCGUUUGUAAUUGGAAUCUAUUAUGGUGUUGGAAAACCAAAUCAAAUUGACGAAUAUUUAAAUGAUUUCGUGAACGAAAUGGAAAAUUUACUUAAAGACGGAAUAUACAUUGAACAAUUCAAAAAGACAGUAUCCAUUGAAAUCAGAUGUUUUACGUGUGAUUCCCCUGCAAGAGCUUACAUUAAAGGUGUUUGCAAUUUUAAUGCAAAGCACGGUUGCUUAAAAUGUGUUACAGUAGGAGAGUAUUCACAUGUAUCUCAUACAGUGACUUUUCCUGAAACGAAUUGUCGCCCUAGGACGGACCAAGAAUUUCGUGAAAAAAAAUAUGGGCCUCACCACAAAAAAGAUUCUCCUCUACUGCGAUUACCUGUAGAUAUGAUAGAAGACUUCCCUGUAGCAGAUUCUCUACACCUUGUUGAUUUGGGAAUAAUGAAGCGCCUAUUAGUUGGUUGGCGCAAUGGUAAUUUUGGAAAAUAUAUAACCAAAUGGAGUGCGAGAGACACCGAAUUGGUUUCAAUUUUUCUACACAAAUGUAAAUUGCCAUCUGAAAUUCACAGAUCGGUGAGAGGACUUGACUGUCUUUCUCAUUGGAAAGCAUCUGAGUAUAGAUCUUUCUUGUUUUAUUUAAGCAUUGUCAUACUUCCAGACGUAUUAUCACAUGAUGCAUUUUCACAUUUUCUGGCGUUUUUUUGCGGUAUAACAAUAUGUUCUAGUAAAAACUAUAGUCAUUUUCUUCCUUUGGCAAAAGAGCUCUUACAGUAUUUUGUUGAACAUUACAAAGACUUUUACGGAGCGGAUUAUGUUACUAGUAAUGUUCAUAAUGUAGUCCAUAUCGCAGAUGAAGUGCGACGAUUCGGCCCACUUCAUACAUUCAGCGCUUAUCCUUUUGAAAACAAGUUGUAUCUAAUUAAAAGGAUGCUGAGGCACGGUAACAAACCUCUUGCUCAAGUGGCAAAAAGAUUUAGUGAAGAUGCAGAAUCGUUAGAAACGACGAGGAGCAGAAAAAAUCAACAACUCACAAAUCAAGACCCUUUUGUGACUACUACUAAAAGAAAACGUUAGUUUUCUUUUAGUAGUAUGUACUACAUUUUAAGGACUUUAAAUUGUCAUCAAAACUUCAAGAUAAAUAUUUUUUGUGUAACAAUAAUGAAAUUUUGGAAGUGAAAAAAGUAACUGUUACUAACAGUGAAAUAAAAAUAUAUGGCUACAAAAUUACAGUCUUGUUAGAUGUUUUUGAACAACCAAUCAAAUCAUCAUAUUUGAACAUAUGCAAAGCCAAAUUACUUACUGAUAGGCGGGCUUAGGUCAUUGUUAGUUCACAAGAUAUAAAAAUGAAAUUAGUAUGUAUCGAACACAAAGGUUAUUUAUACUUCAUACCCCUUGUGCAUACAGUUUAAAAGAGA